CCUCUAUCGGAAAGCACGUAUAAUUAUUUUUUGAUAAAACAUUAAUGCGGUGCAGGUGAAAUUGCGCAUUUUGACGUGGUCCCGACGAAAUUGGGCUGCUGGUAUUAGGCUGAACAAUUCCUCCGAACACUCCAGGAUCCUAGCACUAGAAGAGACUUAGAUACCACACUGACACAUCCUUACAUAAUGCCAAAGAGUCCAGCUGAUCCCGGCCCACAGAUGCAUUUUUUUGACUCAAACUUUUUGUAUGCCUAUACAGCUGAUGAGAAAGAGCAAAUUAGAAAUGAAAUUGGAUUAAAAGACAAUAAUAUAAAAGAAGAUGUGAGCAGUAUACUGGAAUGGUUCAACAAACAGCCUCAUUUGGCAGCUGCACCAAUUAAUCAUGAUAUGGUUGAAAGAAUGAUCUUGAUAGCAAAAGGAUCUCGAGAGAAAGCCAAGUCAAGAAUAGAUAAUUUUUAUAGAUACAGGGCUUAUGCGCAAGAUGUUCUUGAAUCCAGAUUAAAAUUCUUUUCUGAUCCAACGGAAAAUGGCUGGAAAUUUUACCAUCAAUCAGCAAUGCUGAACCUCUUUGAGGGGAAAAGAAUCUCCGUUGUUAAAAUAACAGAUCCUAAUCCAGAUAACUUUUUCUGUGAUGUUCUGUUUAGAAAUACAAUAAUGCUUGGUGACCUGCGACUUAAAUAUGACUACAUGCUGGGUGACAUAUGGAUUAUUGACUUAGAAAAUGUAUCAUUUGGGCACAUAACGCGACUCAAUCCAAGCGUAAUCAAAAAAAGCUCUAAUAUAUUUCAGGAAGGAAUGGGAGUUAGAGUAUUCGCUUUACAUUUGAUUAACGCACCCACGUUCGUUAAUAAUUUGUUAAACUUUAUGAAACAAUUUGUCAAAGCUAAGAUUAUGGAUCGUGUUGUUAUUCAUGAUAAUUUGAAGAGCUUAUACGAGCAUAUACCAAAGAGUCAUUUGCCCAAAGACUUUGGCGGUGACCAACCUUCGUUGGAUGAAUUCAAAGAAAUGUACCUAAAAGAGCUACAGAGAGAUCAAACGAGGGAUUAUCUUACUGAGUGCUGUCAACAAAUAUCAGAUGAGAGUCGUCGACCGACAACACAAUAUCCAGACGAUCUGGUUGGAUCUUUUAAGAAGUUAGACUUUGAUUGAAGCCGCAAUAACGAUAAGUGAACUGUCAAUUCAAUUCUUCAAACACCAUAGUAAUAUAUUGAGCAAAACACUAACGGCCGAUUUAUAUAUUCAAUCGUAAUUCUAAAUCGGGAAUCAGAGAGAGAUUGAUAUUUUUAUCAGGUUCUAGAUUUUGGCAUUUCAAUUUCCGAUUAUGGAGCGUUUUGUAGAUUUAUUUUUAAUAUUCUGUGUUGGAUGAUGUAUUGGUAUUUUCAGAUUAAUAUUUGUGAAUGUGACAGAUAUUAGGCGUUUUAUAAACUUUAACGGCCUGACGCAUAAACUUGGUAUAAAGAAGAACCUGAGAACAAACUUAGAAUAUGCAAAAUGUUGACUAUAUCACUGUCAACACUGUCAAUACAAAUCCUGAUAUUUUCCAAAUGCCAUACAGCCUUGUAAAUAAACGCGGGAAACGUUAUAUUAUGUCCGAAUAAACCUUGAAUAAACCAAUAAUAAGCAAAUGUAUAUUUGUAAACAUUUUGCAUAAUAUAAUUGGUUCAUUCUCAGGUGUAAAUUUAUACCAAGAGUAAUUGUAAGGCCGUAUGGAUUUAAAAAUUAAUGUUAACAUAGUAUAGGACUUCAGAUUUAGGAUCAGUUGAUGAAUGAGAUAAAAUCGGGAUUGUCAAAACCAGAGAUUGUUUAAAUAAAGAUAAUGUCCAGGUUUAAAAUUUCUUUGAAUUAGUUUUUAUUUUAUAUAUCUACUAAAAAAUGACAUCAAAUGUACGAUGAGCACAUGAAAAAAAAAUUAUGAUGGGCCCAUUAAUUUUUGAUCAAGACCUGAUGUUUUAUAAAAAAUGUUAUUCUCAAACCAUUCUUAUUCGAAAAGGCUCUAAAGUUUUGAAUCAUCGAUACACUUUUUCGUUUAUUUACUAGAUCUAUAAUGAUAAUAUAUUUGGAAAAUUAAGAACCCGUGAAAUUAAGAGUCAGGCAUAUGUACACAGAUUUAUAAGAUCUUCAAUACAAUAUGAACUCUAGAUUUUUUAUACUAAGCGUUCUAUACACCACAAAAACUUUAACAAAAAUAUUUUAACGGUACCUUUUUAAAAAUAAUAUUUAUAAUAU